AUGGUGAAGGAGACCAUCCGGGUGUACGCGCGGGUGAAGCCCCUGGGCAGGCGGCAGCAGGCGGGGAUUUAUUCCAUUGACAACAAUGAGAAAUCUCUGUCCAGUCUGGAGAUUAUCGUGCCACAUGAUUUAGCAGAGGGGUUCAUCAAUAAUAAACGAGAGAGCUACAAGUUCAAAUUUCAGAAAAUUUUUGAUCAAGAGGAAAAACAAGAUGUGGUUUUUGACUACAUUGCCAAGCCAGUAGCAGAAUGUGUUUUGGCAGGCUAUAAUGGUACUAUCUUUGCGUAUGGUCAGACAGGCAGUGGCAAAACUUUUACCAUCACAGGAGGAGCAGAACGUUACUGUGAUCGAGGCAUCAUUCCCAGGACUCUGUCUUAUAUUUUUGAUCAAUUACAGAGGGAUAGCAGUAAAGUGUAUACAACUCAUGUUUCCUACUUAGAAAUCUACAAUGAAUGUGGUUAUGAUCUGCUGGACCCAAGGCACGAGGCCUCCAGAUUGGAAGAUUUGCCCAAAGUUACAAUAAUGGAAGACCCUGAUCAGAACAUUCAUCUGAAAAAUUUGUCUCUUCAGCAAGCAACCAACGAAGAGGAAGCCUUAAACCUACUUUUCUUGGGAGAUACUAACAGAAUGAUUGCUGAGACACCAAUGAAUCAAGCCUCAACCCGAUCUCACUGUAUUUUCACUAUUCACAUCUCCAGCAAGGAACCUGGAUCUGCAACCAUCCGACGCUCCAAGUUACACUUAGUAGACCUUGCUGGAUCAGAGCGUGUUGCAAAGACUGGAGUUGGAGGUCAAUUAUUGACAGAAGCCAAGUACAUCAACCUGUCAUUACAUUAUUUGGAGCAGGUAAUAAUUGCCCUUGCAGAGAAAAAUAGGUCCCACAUUCCAUACCGAAACUCUAUGAUGACCUCAGUGCUAAGAGACAGCCUGGGAGGAAACUGCAUGACUACCAUGAUAGCAACGCUCUCUAUAGACAAAAGAAACAUAGAUGAAUCAAUCUCAACCUGCAGAUUUGCACAGCGAGUUGCUCUUAUUAAGAAUGAAGCAGUUCUUAACGAAGAAAUUGACCCCAAAUUGAUGAUUGUCCAGCUGAAAAAGGAGAUCCAGGAGUUGAAAAAUGAGCUGGAGCUGGUGACUGGCAAGCAAAGAACGUCAGAGCUUUCACAAGAAGAGCUACUUCAGUUGGAUGAGCUAAUUGAAACGUUUCUUGAAGAUAAUGAUCCUGACAGCGCUCUGGAUGUUGGUUCUGACACGCGCAAGAUCAAGUAUUGCUUCAUUCAUGUGAAGCAACUAAUGAAUCAUUCAAAGAUUUCUAAUAAAAAAUCGCUCUCAGAACACGUCUCUGAAGAAGGAUAUAACAAGGAAGAAGGAGAAGAAGAGUUGAAGAAACUGAAACAACUUCUGCAGCAAAGAGAUGAUGAAAUCAAUAUUCUGGUAAAUAUGCUAAAAAAGGAAAAAAAGAAAGCACAAGAUGCUCUUUUGCAGCUUAAUGCUGCCUCUGCUGGUUCUACAUACUUGAAGCAGUGUCUUUCUAUAGACUCUGAAGAAAGACAGGGCCCAUCUAGCCAGUUUAGUCCAAAAGAAGCAAAAGAUUUCACAUCUUCAGUUCAAAGACUACCUUUUCUUUCCAGACAAACAGGAGGAAAGAUGUCACUUGGAUGUCAGGAAGCUUUCAAAAUUUUCAAGCAAGACCAUGCUGACAGUGUAACCAUUGAGGACAACAAACAGCUUCUAAAACAGAGAUUUGCUGAAGCUAAAUGCCUUGGAGAAAAAUUAAAUGAAGUAAGAAAUACAAUAAACCAUCUGAAAGGAGAGAUAACUCACAGACGCAUUCAGAGGGCAGCUCUAGCUGUUUCCAGUCCUUCUGAAGAGCUAAAUACUCUUGAUCCAGUAGAAGAGAAGCUUAGAAUGCAAAUUGAAGAAGAAAAAAAAAGUUAUAAAACAAUGUUCAAUCGCUUGAAAGUGCUGAAGGUAGAAAUUGAACACCUGCAGCUCCUUAUGGAAAAAGCCAAGAUGAAGCUGCAAAAAGACUUUGAAAUCUGGUGGUCUGAAGAGGUAAUAAAUCUACAGGUCCAGCAGGAAAAGCCAGAGAUGGUUAGCUCACCAAAUACUGCAACUGUUUAUCCCCACUUUAUCAACUCCUCACAGCAUUUAUCAACUAACAGUUUUUCAGAGCCCACAAGAAUCAGCCAUAAUGAAGAUCCAGCUGGGAAAAACAAUUCAAUCACUUCUAGUAAUUCUACUUUAAGAACAGGGACCCCACCAAGUUCAAGUACAUCUAUUCCUCUGACUGGAGACAGCCAGGCUGAUGCUGACAUCCUAGCUUUCAUUAAAGCAAGACAGAACAUCCUGCAAAAGAAAGCUGAUACAAAUUUAGCUGUAACAACUGACACCAGAUAA